AUGGUGGAACUGAGAAAGGAUGAAGUUAAAGGAUUUCAUUGGUUUAAUAAAAGUAUACGUGUGGGUAUAGGUAAAAAAGAAGCAUUUAAUGCUGCCGAAAAAGGACUUAAUGCGGCUCAGCAUAAUUUAGGAAGCUUUUAUAAAGAUGGCGAACGAAUUGAUAG